UGUUUGUCCGUGCGCCACGGUUCGAUGCCGUCCGCAUGCUCCGGUGCCGCUGCUCCGGUGCCGCUUCUCCGGUGCCGCUGUGGCCAGUCCUAGCACGACCAAACUCGACCCGCUCCGCUUCGUACACACUCUCAUUGCUGUCCUUCCCAGUCGGUUCCUCGCUUUCUCCCUCGUUGCACUUAGGGCUCUUGGUGUGA